AUGUUUGGCCACGAUCGCAAUUGGCAAUUGAUUGAGACGGCUACUUCCCUGAUCUCGCGAGCGAUUCCAUUCGCCAUGAAAGUCGGAGUGGUGCGAAACGGCGAUGGACGCUUUGUAUUGAUUGCUCAAAAUAACGAUUUUGAUGCAAAAUCCUUGGAAGUUCGAGAACCAGCUGCAGUUACGCUCUUGCAAAUACUGGAUCGAGAGGCGCCACUAUUCAGAGCGAUCUGUUGGGUGUUAUUGGAUGACUCGGUAUCAGCUUUUCUGCCCUAUCGGUUGUCAAGAAAUGCUGCUCUUUUUGCAUUGAAAGUUGGAUUG